CAGGGAAAUUUGUUUGUUUGCUGCUCUCUCUCUCUCUCUCUCUCUCUCUCUCUUCUUAUGAUUAGGUGGGUGAUGAGAAAAUUGUGGGAAACCCAAUUUCAAAGUUACAAGAUAUUAAGAGAAGAAGAAAAAAAAAAAAAAAAAAAAACUGUAACGUAAGGUUCUCUUUCCUGUAUACAAAUACCACCGUUUCUUUUACCCCUUCUAUGCAAGGAUCAUAGAAGGGGAUCACAGGAGGAGGAGGGCUUGUUGACUUUUUAAGCAGAGGAGCCUUCUUUGACUUCUUUUUUUUUCUCGGAGAAGAAGGCUCUGGUUUUUCCUUUUUUUUUUUUUUGGCUUCAUUUUUGCCUUUUUGGAGUAGUUUGUGUGCGAGGAUGAUAAGGUGGUGUAUGAUAUCUGCUCUGCAAUGGACAGAGCUGUUCGUCAGCUCUUUGGUGCAUUUGCUUUAUGGGUUUUACAUAUUCAGCAGCGCUGUCGCUGGCGAUCUCUCUCAAGCUUUGAACGAAUGCCUUUUCAGGCCUAACAUCAAUCUUGAGCUUCAGGAGGCAGACCCAACAGCAAAAUCAACCAAUGUUGUCGGUCUGCCUCCGAUCGUGUUAGUUCAUGGAAUCUUUGGAUUUGGCAAAGGGAAAUUGGGAGGAUUGUCUUAUUUCGCCGGGGCAGAGAAGAAAGACGAGAGGGUUCUCGUGCCCGAUUUAGGUUCAUUAACCAGCAUAUAUGAUAGAGCUCGCGAGUUGUUCUACUAUUUGAAAGGCGGACAAGUUGAUUACGGUGAAGAACAUAGCAACGCCUGCGGACACUCUCAAUUUGGACGAAUUUAUGAAGAGGGGCAUUACCCUGAAUGGGACGAGGACCAUCCUAUUCAUUUUAUUGGGCACUCAGCCGGAGCACAGGUUGUUCGUGUCUUGCAGCAAAUGCUCGCCGAUAAGGCAUUCAAAGGUUAUGAGAACACGAAUGAGAAUUGGAUAUUAAGUGUAACAUCGUUAUCUGGGGCAUUCAAUGGGACUACAAGAACCUACUUGGAUGGAAUGCAGCCAGAGGAUGGAAGAACCAUGAAACCUAUAAGUCUGUUACAGCUGUGCCGUUUAGGAGUGAUAAUUUAUGAAUGGUUGGAUAUUCCUUGGUUAAAGUCCUAUUACAAUUUCGGGUUUGAUCACUUCAACAUGUCCUGGAAGAAAAUGGGUGUCUGGGGUCUUGUUGAUUGCCUCCUUGGAAAUGCAGGUCCAUUUGCUUCGGGGGAUUGGAUCCUCCCAGAUCUUACAAUUCAAGGAUCCAUGAGACUAAAUGCCUAUCUGCAGACCUUCCCAAACACAUUCUAUUUCAGCUAUGCUACUAAGAGAACGAGGGAGAUACUGGGUGUUACUCUUCCUUCUGGAAUCCUCGGAAUCCACCCAAUGCUGUUUCUCAGAGUGUUGCAGAUGACUCAGUGGCGUCAUCCUCCCGAUGUCACCCCACCAUACAAAGGCUACAGGGAUGAGGAUUGGCAGGACAAUGAUGGAGCAUUGAACACCAUAUCCAUGACUCAUCCUCGGAUCCCAUUUGAACAUCCAAGCCGUUUUAUUGUGAAUGAUUCUGAAUGCCAACCAUUGCAACCAGGCAUCUGGUACUACAAAAUUGUUGAAGCAGAUCACAUAUUGUUUAUAGUGAACAGGGAAAGAGCAGGAGUUCAAUUUGAUUUGAUAUACGACAGCAUUUUUCAACGUUGUAGAAAGCAUGUAUUUAGGAAGAGUCCUCAAACUGUACCAAACGAAGCUCCACACGCGUAGGAAAAUGAAGAGAAAAUAUAUAUGGGGAAAGGGUUUAUUCUGACUCUUUUUUUCCUGGUCAAGCCUAUGUUGUAAAUAUAUAAAUUGAUCGAUUUGAUCUUGUUCUUUUGCCUUUCUAUUUAGUAGUACCAAGGAUGGAUUAACUUAUCUGUGUUAGGUCGUUUUUAUAUUAGGUGUUGUUAUUUACUUGGGAAUAGGCAUUCUUAGGGAGAAAGUAGAGAUGAAACUUCUUUGUUGUGAGAGAGAAAUUAAACUGAAAUUCCCAGGUAACCCAUCUCCCUCUUCUUCUUUUACUUUGUCUGCCUGGAGUAUUUGUUUGCUGGAUUUUCUUUUAUAGCAAAAGAAGAGAUAUUAAAUGGGUGUGAUA